AGAACAGAGGCAGGCAGCCCUGAUAACUCUGGCAGACCCUGCUUCAGUACAACUGGCUCAGGCCUCCACAACACAAACACACACACACACACACACACACACACACACAAACACAGUCAAAGGCUGCAGCAGAGGUGUGAUCAGGAUAAUGCGGUCCCCUUCCCCCUGGCCCAUCGGCUCACCAUGAAGGAGGUGUUCGACGCCGAGGGCCGGCCGCGGGUGGACAUGCUCAAAGCUCACCUCACUAAGGAAGGCCGGCUGGAGGAGGCAGUGGCCCUGCGCAUCAUCGAUGAGGGCGCCGCCAUCCUGCGCCAGGAGCGCACGAUGUUGGACAUCGAGGCGCCAGUCACGGUGUGCGGAGACAUCCACGGCCAGUUCUUCGACCUGAUGAAGCUGUUUGAAGUGGGGGGCUCUCCUGCCAACACUCGCUACCUCUUCCUAGGGGACUACGUGGACAGGGGCUACUUCAGCAUCGAGUGUGUGUUAUACCUGUGGUCUCUGAAAAUCCUCUACCCAAAGACGCUCUUUCUUCUACGGGGAAACCAUGAAUGUAGACAUCUGACAGAAUAUUUUACCUUCAAACAAGAAUGUAAGAUCAAGUACUCGGAGCAGGUGUACGACUCCUGCAUGGAGGCGUUUGAUUGCUUGCCCCUGGCAGCCCUGAUGAACCAGCAGUUCCUGUGUGUGCACGGGGGGCUUUCACCAGAGAUCCACACGCUGGACGACAUCAAGAAGUUGGACCGGUUCAAGGAGCCCCCAGCGUUUGGGCCCAUGUGCGACCUGCUGUGGGCCGACCCUCUGGAAGACUUUGGCAACGAGAAGACCCAAGAGUACUUUGGCCACAACACAGUCAGAGGCUGCUCCUAUUUUUACAGUUACCCGGCAGUGUGCGAGUUCCUGCAGACCAACAAUCUGCUGUCAAUCAUCAGAGCACAUGAAGCACAGGAUGCCGGGUAUCGUAUGUACAGGAAGAGUCAGACCACAGGUUUUCCCUCCCUCAUCACUAUCUUCUCUGCGCCAAACUACCUGGAUGUCUACAACAACAAAGCGGCGGUGCUGAAGUAUGAGAACAAUGUGAUGAACAUCCGUCAGUUCAACUGCUCUCCUCACCCAUACUGGCUGCCCAACUUCAUGGACGUCUUCACCUGGUCGCUUCCCUUCGUGGGAGAAAAGGUGACUGAAAUGCUGGUCAACGUCUUGAGUAUCUGCUCUGACGACGAACUUGUGAACGAUGGAGAGGAGAUCUUCGACGCCAGUGCAGCUGCAGCCAGGAAGGAGGUGAUCAAGAACAAGAUUCGUGCCAUAGGGAAGAUGGCUAAAAUGUUCUCUGUUCUACGGGAGGAGAGUGAGAACGUGCUGACCCUAAAGGGGUUGACCCCCACGGGCAUGCUGCCCAGCGGAGUGCUGUCUGGGGGCAAACAGACCUUACAGAGCGCUACCAUUGAGGCCAUUGAAGCCAUCGAGACAGUUAAGGACGCUGAAGCCAUCCGAGGCUUCUCUCCGCAGCACCGGAUCAGCAGCUUCGAGGAGGCCAAGGGCCUGGAUCGGAUCAACGAGAGGAUGCCUCCGCGCCGCGUGGGCGUCAACAGCGUGGGCCUGUCGAUGGGCCGCAUGAACAUGGGGGAGCCCAACGGGACCGACAGCAACAGCAAUAUACAGUGAUGGACGUACCCGACUUCCACAUGCCCAGACACGCACCUGCAGCUCCAACAACUCUGAUGAAGAAAAUCAUUUAUGGAUACCUGUACAUAGGCAUACAUGCACAACAAAAAUGCACCACACACACACACACACACACACACACACACACACAAACACAGUACCGCAUUCACUGAAUAAGCUCCGGACGACAUCCCCCAACCUCCCGUGUGGCCCUGUAUGUAAAGGCUGAGUCCCUUCACUGAACUGGUCGGCCCUAUUUAAAGAACUACAACUCCCGUGUACCUGCACAACAAACAGGAAGGAAACAAAGCCGGAGGAGGCGCAGCUCAGCGGGUCGACGGUGUCAGCGUGACCGGCCUGCAGAGGGUGUGUGCGUUGUGCCGGGAGGCGCCCAGUGUUUGCAAGUGAAAUGGGGAAGAGGAAGGGGGGGGGGGGGUCGUUGUAGACAUAUUUGCUUCUCUCUCUUCGAUAGAGUUGCGGAUAUGCCUGCCUGCGUGUUUGCACACGCUUUAACAAGUCAAUGUACACGCCUUUCUCGUUUUCGUUUGCAAACACAGGCCGGGCAAAUUUGAUGUGCAGUGUGGUGUCUGUUGCUGAGAGAUGUAAGAAGAUGUAUGAAGAUGUGUAGUCGGAUCUGAGCCCUCGCUGUCCUCGUCUUCUCAGGGGGUCAUUCCCGUUUGCUUUUGUAGCAUUACACUGUAAACAUCCUCUACAAGACAAGUAGAGUCACCUUCCCCCCACUUCCCCAGAAAAACCCCUCCUCUGGUCUCAGGCCAGCUGGUUCUCUGGAAAGGCUUGAGACGAGGCCCGGGUUGGAUCUGAAGCGGGUGUUUCGGCACGACCUGUUGCGUCUACAUAGGUUACAUGGAGAGGUUUUGAUGCACGUGUGACGGGUGUGGUCACACGAUGCAAGAUGCAGUCCAGCGGAGGUACAAUGCUUUCUGAGUGAGACUGAGCCGGAGGGGGGGGAGUUGAAAUGUGAAGUCAUACUCCAUUCAUUCUCUUUCUACUUUCUCUUUUCUUUCCAUGUUGCCGUCUUCUAACUCACAGCAGUGACGGCUGAUAUUACACAAGGGAAACAGAUUCUUCUUGUUAAGGCAACAGCCAUAACGGGUAGAAGAGGUCUGAGGAAAAGGUCUUUGUAAAGCAUUUAUAUUAACGCAUCAGUGCAUGCAGAGUUAAGUUCUUUGAUAAUAAUGUGAAGAUUAUAUUCGUGCUCUGUGUUUCACUAUGGUAGGAUUUGAUUUGUUUUUUCUGGCUAAUAUAAAUUAACUGAUGAAUAAUGAAUAAAUUAUUUUGUACAUACAUGUUAAUUUGACUUAUUUUUUGUAUUCAUUUUGUGUUAUAUUUCCUGUUUUUUUUCCUGUUUUAUUUUUCACAGCCUGUGUAUCUGGUUUCUUUUGACUCUGUACAGAUGACGGUACGCUUCUAUUCAAAGUGUCAAGUCCACGUUCUCGCCUCUCUUCUUUGCCGAUGUACAGGAGUGUUUUUUAACGAUAAAAAUGAAUAACGAUUAUUAAACUGGCAUUGAUGAAUGACCACACUAUUUACAGAGGCACUGGCAUUCGGGCAGCUAAAAGCAUGAUUGCAUGGUUGAAACUGCGUUGUUUAAAGCAAAAAGCAGCAGGACACGUUUUAACAGAAAAGCCGAUGUGUUGCCGUCACAAUUUAAAGGAAAAAAGUGUACUCUCUCUGAUCAUAAUUCUUGAUGAUUCCUCUUGUUAUUUGAUGAUAUUUAUGAUUCUAUGAUUAGUUUGCUUCUAUUUAUUAUGGACAUUAUUCUUAUAUUCAAGCUAUCUCUCUCUCACUCUCUCUCUCUCUCUCUGCUGGUUGCUCUUCAUGUUGCGUUGCUCCUUGGUUGAUCUUGUUGUGCUUCUUUGGAAGAGGUGAACCCACCCUGUGCCAUCAAAAAUGUGCCACAGUUCAAACUUUCUUUCUCUCUUUCAGGCGUUCCUCUCUCUCUCUCUCUCUCUCUCUCUCUCUCUCUCUUUCUGUUCUGAUCCCCCCCAAUCACUAACACUGUAAGCAUGCCCCACGGGACGAACCACUUUUUUACUCUUGAAUAAAAUAUGCAUGAACCUUU